UGCACGCUGUCAACUUGUGAGUAAAUCGACAUGAGCAGACUGUUGGUGCUGGGGAUGACGGCCUUCUGCCUCUACGUGUCGAUCAUCGCUGACACGCAGCCUGAGCGACAGGAAGACAAAUCAUUCCCCGAGAAAAACAGAGUUUUGCAGCUGGGGAAAGCAAAUUUCAACAGGGCACUGAGGAAAUACAAGCAGCUCCUGGUACACUUCUAUACACCUCUGUCUGCAGAUGGCUAUCGUGUGUCAGCAGCAUUCGAAGAUGCUGCCGCAGAGCUUCAGGGAUCAGAGGUCAAACUGGCAAUGGUUGAUGCAACACAGGAGAAAGACCUUGUGAAACAACUCAACGCAACAGGGCCCCCCACAAUCAGGCUGUAUCUUUCUGGAGAUAAACACAACCCUGUUCCCUGCCCGGUUCCACAGAACGCUGCUUCCAUUUUGACCUGGCUGAAGAGGAGGGUGGGGUCUGCUGCAGACCUCAUCACUGAUCUUAGUGAAUCAGAGGCUUCAAAGGAAUUACUAGUGGUUGGGAUUUUUAAGGACCUGAGCCAUGAGUAUGUCCAGGUCUUCUAUGAUGCUUGUGUUGAGCUUCCUGACGUCAGCUUUGUCGUGACUCAGAACGAAGAACUCAUUCGCAAAUAUGAUGUCACACAUGAUGUUGUGCUGUUGCUCAAGAAGUCCAAGCUCACCCAGGCUUACAAAAUGACUCCAGAGACAUCGAAAGAGAUGCUGGUCGUCUUUAUCACAGUCUACCAGAUGGAGCCAGUUACUGAGUACACUGGGAAGACAGCCAGUCAGAUCUUAGCAUCACCAGUAUUAAACCACACCCUCCUCUUUGUCAACAAAAGCUCGACUGACUUUAAAGAGAUCUACUCUGCUUUCUACACGGUUGCUGAAGCUUUUAGGUUGAAGAUGUUGUUUGUGCUGGUGAACGUGGAUGAGUCUCGUAAUGGCAGGCUAAUGGAGUAUUUCCGGGUUCGGGAUUUUGAGGCUCCCCUCAUCCGAGUGGUCAAUCUGACAAACCAUGUGACUUACCACCUGCCCUCUGACACACUGGAUGUGGAAACCAUUCAAAACUUCUGCCAGUCUUACUUAGAUGGCAAAGCUAAGCCUAAAUUGCAAAGUGAGCCGAUACCUGAAGGAUGGGACACACAGCCAGUGAAGGAGCUGGUGGGAAUGAAUCUGGAGAAAGUUGUCUUUCACCCCAAUAAGACUGUAUUUGUUCUUUUCUAUCUGUCCUACAGUAAAAAGUCCCGUGCCGUGUUCCCGCUGUGGGAGGAGCUCGCCGAGGCCUUCAAAGAUCGGGAGGAUGUGGUCAUCGCUCGUAUAGAUGCCUCAGCCAAUGACAUUGAUAUGUCAAUGCAGGGCUCCUACCCGUCACUCUGCCUAUUUCCUGCUUUAUAUGCUGAAAGGGUGGUGGUUUACACUGGUGAGCGGAAGUUGAAGACCCUGAUCAAAUUUGUAGAUAAAGAGAUGGAGAAAGCCAAAAAAGACAGAGUGAAGGAGGAUGCAGACAGAAAGAAGUACAUUAAGGCCAUGAAAGCUGAAGAAGCAAAGAAAACCAAAGAAGAGCUUUAAUCCAUAGAAGAAAUAGAGUACAUGUUAUUUUUUUUUGUCUAUGCCACCAAGAUGCCAUCAAGCAUCUGAAUAGUCAAAUUCAAAAAAACUCUCAGGUCAAAAUCUCUGACAGCUACAAGGUUUUUGGAUUAUUUAGCCUCAGAGGGAUCGUGU